UUUAUCCGAGGCACAAGGAGUAUAUAUUACAGGCACAGAUUAUUGGAUUAGCUACUGAAUUUAGCUAAAGGAGUAGCUAAAUCCGAUGGAGUUCGAAACUCAAGAAGAUCAGAAAGAAAUUAGAGCAUCACCAAAUUACAACUCAGUACUCGAAAUCUCCAACUCAACAAAUGAGCCCAAAAUGCCGAGUAAUUCCGACGAAUUAAUACUCGACGCGCCGCUGCAAAUGAGGAAACCCAAGUACAAAGAGUGUCUCAAGAACCACGCCGUCGGUAUCGGCGGCCACGCCGUAGACGGCUGUGGCGAGUUCAUGCCUGCCGGAGAAGAUGGUUCUCUUGACGCUCUCAAAUGCGCCGCCUGCAACUGCCACCGUAAUUUCCACCGGAAAGAGACUCAAAUCCACCACCCACCCUACUAUAGAACCCCACCGUGUGGGUACUUUCAACAUGUCAUGCCACCGCAGAGACCUUUAGCCCUGCCGUCAACUUCUGGAGGUGGUGGUGGUGGUGGAUAUAGGGAGGAUCAAGAAGAAAUGUGUAACCCUAACAACAGUGGGACAAAGAAGAGAUUUAGGACAAGAUUCAACCAAGAACAGAAGGAGAAAAUGCUGGAACUGGCUGAGAACUUAGGGUGGCGAAUUCAGAGACAAGAUGAAGGAGUUGUGCAGCAGUUGUGUAAUGAGAUUGGUAUCAAAAGGCAUGUUUUCAAAGUUUGGAUGCAUAAUAACAAACUUACACUUGGUAAGAAAACCCUAAUACAAAGUAUAAGCCCUUCAUUAUUCCCAGCACAAGAAAGAAGCUGAAAAAGAAGAAGAUAACACACCCAAAAAAAACAUUUUUAAGGUACUUUCAUUAUAUAUAUAGUUACUAGUAUGUUCAAUUAAAGAGUUUCAAUUUUUUUUUAAUAUCUAGAAAAACAAGUAUCUAUCGGAAACAGACUCUCUACCUACACAAGGUAGGGUAAGGUCUUGCGUAUAUACUAUCAUCUCCCGACUUCGGGAAUAUACAUGGUAUGUUGUUAUGUCAUUGUUGCUAGCAGAACAAGUAAAAAGAGUAUGUCAGAAGAGGAAGACGAAAUUUAUUUGAGAUGCUGGUUGAGAGUGUUUUCUCCUUUUCUAAGAAGUACUUAGUAAUUUUUUGGCCAAAGCUUUGGUCUUUUCUUCUAGUUUCACUUGUUUUCUUGGAAAUAUAUGUCAAUUUAUGUUUAGGUGGGAAUGUUGAAUGCCUCAUUAUAUAUCUAAUUUGUCCAGACUAUGGGUUUAUGAAUGGAUUAAAGGGUAUUCAUUA